CGAUACACCACCCUCCGAUGUUCGCAACUCGGUUUGUAUGAAGGCGAUCGGGCGACUGCGGAGCGAUGCCUGGUUUGCGAAGAAAAGUGGAUCGUACAAAUCGAGACAGCAGCGAUGACGAGCGAACGCCCCUCUUCGAAGCGGACCACCUACCAUCAACAUCGGGCUCGAUCAACAGCCAUGGAAGUGACGGAACGAACAAGCACAUGCGGGAGCUCGGCUCGCUUGAUCUGCUUUCACAGAAAUACGAGAGCCUCGACUAUGACACAUGUGAAAACAGCCUUUAUGUUGAAGAGCAACGGCUGACAACAUUUACAGCAAUACGAAACACCAACUGGAAGCGAUGGCUCGUCACCUUCAUCAUCGGCAUCCUCACAGCCUUGACAGCCUGUGCCAUCGACAUUUGCAUCGAAGUCAUAUCGGAACUCAAGUUCACAUUACUUAAGAACUGGAUAAACGAUUGCAUCCGCAGGGAUUGCGUCAUCCUGCCUUACCUCGGCUGGGUUGGCAUGAACGCAGCUGCUGUUCUGGCUGGUGCAAUCUUGGUGGCUUACGUUGCGCCCGUGGCCGCAGCGAGUGGAAUUCCGGUGAUCAAGUGCUACCUGAACGGUGUCAAGGUGCCCCAAGUGGUCCGCUUCAAGACUCUGGUCACCAAGGCCGUGGGUGUGGUCCUCUCUGUGGUUGGAGGCCUGGCCGUUGGGAAGGAAGGUCCCAUGAUCCACUGCGGCUCGGUGAUUGCCGCUGGUAUCUCGCAAGGCAAGAGCACCACGUUUAGGAAGGAUCUCAAUUGCUUCCGGGAAUUCCGCGAGGAUCAUGAAAAGCGAGACUUCGUCUCUGCCGGGGCAGCCGCCGGAGUGGCCGCUGCUUUUGGAGCACCCGUUGGCGGUGUCUUGUUCAGUUUGGAAGAAGGCGCCAGCUUUUGGAACCAGUCUCUAACAUGGAGGAUUUUUUUCUGCUCGACCAUAUCCGCCUUCUCGUUGAGCGUCAUCCUGAGUGCCUUCCACGGACAUGCCGGGGAGCUGUCCUUCUCGGGCUUGGUCAACUUUGGAGAGUUUGAUGAUGUUCAGUGGAGCAUCAUAGAACUACCCAUCUACAUAGUCAUGGGAGCAAUUGGUGGACUGCUGGGAGCCCUCUUCAAUCUAGUGAACUUCAAGCUGACCGUCUUCAGAAUAAGGUACUUGUAUCGGCGGUGGAUCAGGGUGUUGGAAGCUGUUGCCGUGGCGAUAGUAACCGCCUCUGUGGGCUUCCUCAUGAUUGACAUCUCGACCGACUGCCGGCCUCAUAGGGAUGACUUUUACGAUAAUGCUCUGCAGUUCAACUGCUCUGAUGGCCGGUAUAGUGCGCUGGGAGAAAUCUGGUUCCAGACACCUGAAGCUAGUGUUCGCAGCCUUUUCCACAGACCUGAAGGCACAUGGACGGCACUGACCCUGCUGGCAUUCUUCAUGGUGUACUUCUUACUGAGCUGCUGGACGUAUGGGUUGAGUGUCUCCAGCGGAGUGUUCAUCCCCACGCUCCUGGUGGGCGCGGUCUGGGGCCGUCUGCUCGGCAUUGGUGUCCGCAACAUGUUCCCUACAAGUACCUGGGUGAACCCCGGCAAGUUCGCACUGAUAGGAGCGGCGGCUACCCUGGGCGGCGUGGUCCGCAUGACGCUCAGCCUGAGCGUCAUCCUGAUUGAGGCAACGCGUAACAUCACUUUUGCGCUGCCCAUCAUGAUCGCCUUGACGGUGGCCAAGUGGGUAGGCGACUUCUUCUCCGAGGGUCUUUACGACAUCCACCUUCAGUUGGCUGGUGUUCCGUUUUUGGGGUGGGAGGCUCCCUCACGCUCGAGCAACAUCUCGGCCAGGGAAGUGAUGGGCUACCCUGUGGUCACGUUCCGGACAGUGGAGAAUGUUGGCAGGAUCAUCGACGUUCUCGCCUCCUGUCCGCACAACGGUUUCCCCGUGGUGGACACGGCUGAGGAGCGUUCUGGUGAAGAACACUCGUUUGGCCGCUUCCGGGGCAUUAUUCUUCGGUGGCAGCUUAUCGUUCUUCUUCAGUACAAGAUGUUCCAGAGUGACACUGACGGAGCCUGCCAUCGGCGACUGCGGCUCUCCAACUUCCGGGAUGCUUACCCGCGCUACCCGACCAUUCAGCAAGUGCACGUCUCUGUUCGGGAGCGCGAGUACAACAUGGACCUUCAGCCCUUCAUGAACUCGGCUGCCUACACGGUGUCUCACAAUGCAUCACUGCCAAGGAUUUUCAAGCUAUUCAGAGCCCUUGGCCUUCGGCACCU